AUGCCGCCGUCCCCGUCACCGCCGCGGCCGCCGGGGCAGCCACCGGAGUACAAGCACUUCUGCCGAGUAUGCAACAAGGGGUUCACGUGCGGCAGCGCGCUCGGCGGCCACAUGAGAGCCCACGGCGCCAGCGACGCCGACGGGUUCGGCGCCGACGACGACUCCCUCGGCGACGAGGCCUCCGCGCGGUGCCGCGCCUCGGAGGAUCGGUGGGACGCGGUGGGGACAUCGGCGACGCACGCGUACGCGCUCCGGGCGAAUCCGAACCGGCUGAUCAGGAGCUGCCAGGUGUGCAAGAACUGCGGGAAGGAAUUCACGUCGUGGGAGCUUUUUCUUCAGCAUGGCAAGUGCAACUCCGAGGACGAGGGGGAAGAGUUGGCGGACGGGUGGGGCUCCAUGCGUUCGUCGUCGCCUCCGUCUGACGCCGACGGCGAGGAGGAUCCGGCUGUGGCGACCGCUUGGUCGAAAGGGAAGCGUUCCCGCCGUGUCAAAUUGAUGAUCGGGGGAGAGGACCAUUCAUCCGUGGUGCCGUCUCGGCGGGACACGUCCAGAGAGGAGGAAGAUCUCGCCAAUUGCCUUGUCAUGCUCUCGUCCUCCAACGUUAAGCAACCAACCGUCGUCGUCGAGACUGGUCAGGAGGAGCCGUGUGCCUCGGCUGCAAAAGAGGGUGAUGGAGGACCACCACUACAAUUGCAGCCAAUCUCAUUUUUCGUGCCAGCUUCAGAGCCAGUUGUGGCAUUGCCCUCAGCGGUGGCGGUGACACCCCAGUACAUCUCGCCCGCAUCACGCAAUGUGUUCGAGUGCAAAGCCUGCAAGAAGGUGUUCACCUCGCACCAAGCUCUCGGCGGGCACCGGGCCAGCCAUAAAAAAGUAAAGGGUUGUUUUGCCGCUAAGUUUGAGAGCAAAGCGAAUGAGCCAACGCGUCUCUUAGUCACCGGUGAUCCCAACAAUGUCACUGGCAAGCGAGCCACUGUGGAUGAAACCAAUGCAGGCGUAAGCACGGAUGCUAAGGCAAGUGUUUACACUGCUACCACUAAUGCUGACACCAAUGCAGGGACAAGCGAGGCAGCGGCAUCACUGUCCAUGGCCAUCGGACACAAUCCACCCGUCACCAUGCUCACCACCGCAUCAUCAUGUAAGAAGAACACCAAGAUGCACGAAUGCUCAGUGUGCCACCGCUUGUUCACCUCCGGGCAGGCGCUCGGAGGUCACAAGCGAUGCCACUGGCUCACCUCGAGCACGGCGGACCCCUGCAACACGGUGGCUAACAUGAUCCCACCCCUAACCGAAGACCUCGUCGGUGUAGUCCGGCACCAGCUUUCCCUCCGACCUAUGGUGGACGCGCCGGAGCCGGUGCUCGACCUCACCAUGGCAGCGAUCCCAUCAGGACUAGCUGCUGCCACGGCGCGACCCGAGGCCGGAGGCAACUCUUUCCGACUCGACGCGUUAGCGCCGGUACACUUACAGCCAUUGGCCGUCGCAGUGCCUAGCACCGCCAGCCACCGGAAGAAGACUACAGCUACAAGCAGCCACCACGGCAUCGACACGGUGGCAGAGGAGGACGAGGCCGACAGCACCACAGCCAAGAGAGCUAAGCUUAGCGACCUCAAGGACGUGGUGAGCAUGGACGGGGAGCCAACGGGGCCGUGGCUGCAGGUUGGCAUUGGCGGUUCCUCGUCGGCCGGAGGUGAUGACAAGAGCCGGGAGUCAUCUAUUAAUUAA